UAUAUAUAUAUAGACAGUCUCUCUAUAAAUGCUUCUCUUUCCUCUCGAAUAAUCUUUUCCUCACUUCUCUCAUUUCCACACUUUUUAUCUAUCUAUAUAUAUAUAAUUGGGUUAAGCCCUAUCUACUUCACUCUGCUUCUCAGUUAUAUCAUCCUUCUCUCUCUCUCUCUCUCUGUUUGCUCUGUUUUUUAUUCUCUUCCCUUUAUCUUUCUCUCUGUGAAAGGCACAAUUAUGAUGGUGGUGAGAGAGUACGACCCGAGCCGAGACUUAGCCGGCGUUGAGGACGUGGAGCGACGUUGUGAAGUUGGACCAAGCGGCAAGCUUUCUCUUUUCACCGACCUUUUGGGUGACCCGAUUUGUAGGAUCCGACAUUCUCCUUCCUAUCUCAUGUUGGUGGCGGAGAUGGGUACGGAGAAGAAGGAGAUAGUGGGGAUGAUUAGAGGAUGCAUCAAAACCGUUACAUGUGGCAGAAAACUCGAUUUAAAGCAUAAAUCCCAAAACGACGCCGUCAAGCCUCUCUACACUAAACUCGCUUACGUUUUGGGUCUUCGUGUCUCUCCUUUCCACAGGAGACAAGGGAUUGGGUUUAAGCUCGUGAAGAUGAUGGAGGAAUGGUUCAGACAAAACGGUGCUGAGUACUCUUACAUAGCUACUGAAAACGACAACCAAGCUUCGGUUAAUCUAUUCACUGGCAAAUGUGGUUACUCCGAGUUCCGUACGCCGUCGAUUUUGGUUAAUCCGGUUUACGCUCAUCGAGUUAAUAUCUCGCGAAGAGUCACGGUGAUCAAAUUGGACCCGGUCGAUGCUGAGUCGUUGUACCGACUCCGGUUUAGUACAACCGAGUUUUUCCCGCGGGAUAUUGAUUCGGUUCUCAAUAACAAACUCUCUCUCGGGACUUUUGUAGCUGUGCCACGUGGAAGCUGUUAUGGAUCCGGGUCUGGAUCAUGGCCCGGUUCGGCUAAGUUCCUCGAGUACCCGCCAGAGUCAUGGGCCGUGUUGAGCGUGUGGAACUGUAAAGACUCGUUUCGGUUAGAGGUCCGCGGCGCGUCGAGGCUGAGGCGCGUGGUGGCUAAAACGACUCGGGUGGUUGAUAAAACGCUCCCGUUUUUGAAACUCCCUUCGAUCCCUUGUGUUUUCGAGCCGUUUGGGCUUCACUUCAUGUACGGGAUCGGAGGGGAAGGCCCACGCGCGGUGAAGAUGGUGAGGUCGCUGUGUGCUCACGCGCAUAACCUGGCGAAGGAAGGAGGUUGUGGUGUCCUGGCCACGGAGGUAGCCGGAGAAGAGCCGUUGCGGCGAGGGAUACCGCAUUGGAAAGCACUAUCGUGCGCCGAGGAUCUUUGGUGUGUGAAACGGCUUGGGGAAGACUACAGUGACGGCGUUGUUGGUGACUGGACUAAAUCGCCACCUGGCGUUUCUAUUUUUGUAGACCCCAGAGAAUUUUAAAAGUUUUUUUUUUUUUUUUUUUUUAAACCCUACAGUUUUCUUAAUGUUAAAUUAGGGUCUUUAGUUCUAAGUUUGUUAUUAGAUCUUGAUGGUUCUUUUAGUUUUUAGAAUUAGUAAUCUUUUUUUUUUUUUGCUUUUUGUUUUGUGGGUGUUUAAAUUAGUGGUAAGAGGCAAUAUCUCCUACUUUUGGGUUUGUGUCUUCUUGUCUUGUAAAUGGAUCUAGCUUUUUAAGAUACUUUUUUUCUGGCCAAAAACUAAAACGCCGACCUGAUUGUUUUUAUUUAUUUAUGAAUAGAGAUAAUUUUCAUGAA